AUGGAGUGCUCCGAAUACCAUGCGGUGAUCAAGUACGAGAGCGUCAUUCACGAGUUCGACCCUUACUUCAACUACCGCGUCACCCAGUUUCUCUCAAAAGAGGGGUUUUACAACUUUUGGAACUGGUUCGAUGACCGCACGUGGUACCCUCUGGGGCGAGUCAUUGGUGGGACGGUGUACCCGGGUCUCACUCUCACGGCCGGCACCAUGUGGUGGCUCGCCAACGCUCUCAACUUCCCGUUCUCCGUGGAGACGGUGUGUGUGUUCACGGCGCCAGUGUUCUCAGCGCAUGCAGCGUGGGCCACCUUCCUGCUGGCCAAGGAAGUGCGGGGCACAGGGGCUGGGCUGACCGCUGCUGCUCUCAUUGCCAUGGUGCCAUCGUACAUCUCUCGCUCUGUGGCUGGCAGCUACGACAACGAGGGGGUGGCCAUCUUUGCCCUCGUCUUCACCUUCUACCUCUAUAUUAAGACGCUCAACACAGGAUCACUAUUCUACGCCACGGCCAACGCGGCGGCCUAUUUCUACAUGGUGAUGUCGUGGGGCGGCUACACCUUCAUCAUCAACCUCAUCCCCAUCCACGUGCUGCUCUGCAUCGUCACCGGCCGCUUCUCCUCGCGGCUUUACAUCGCAUUCGCCCCUCUGAUCAUUCUAGGCACAUUGCUGGCAGCGCUGGUGCCGGUGGUGGGCUUCAACGCAGUCAUGACGUCUGAACACUUCGGAGGGUUCCUGGUGUUUGUGGUGCUGCACAUCGCUGCACUCAGCUACUACAUCAAGGCUCUGCUGCCCGCUAAGGCCUUCCGCAUUGCUCUCACCCUCAUCGUCUCGGUCGGCACGGUGGCGGCAGUGGCGCUGCUAUCUGCCCUCGUCGCCAUGGUGCUCGCCAGUCCCACGCUGGGCUGGACUGGCCGCUCCCUCAGCCUUCUCGACCCCACGUACGCCUCCAAGUACAUCCCCAUCAUCGCCAGUGUGAGCGAGCACCAGCCGCCCAUGUGGACGUCCUACUUCAUGGACCUGCAGCUGCUCGCCUUCCUCGCCCCCGCUGGACUCAUUGCGUGCUUCCUGCCGCUCACAGACGCAAGCUCCUUUGUGGCCCUCUAUCUUGUCGUCUCUGUUUACUUCUCUGGAGUCAUGGUCCGUCUGAUGCUGGUGCUGGCGCCAGCAGCGUGCAUCACGGCGGGCAUCGCAGUGAGCGCUCUCUUUGACGUGCUCACUCGCUCCGUCAAGGCCUCUAUUGCCGAGCUUAUCGACCUGGCGUAUGCUGCUGCCAAGCAGGACAAGAGCGAGAAGGACGAGACGACUGCUGCUGCUGCUGAGGCCGCCAGCAACACUGCCGAGGCGAGCCAGGCCAAGGAGCGCAAGGGGGGAGCGGGGAAGAAGAAGAAGGGCAAGGAGGGCGAGGGGGAGGGGGGGGGAGGGAAGGGGAAGUGGGGGAAGGAGGGGGGGAAGGAGAAGGAAAAGGCGAAGGGGAAGUUUCCGUUGGUGGUGCCCGGCGAUGCGGCAGCGGUGGGCAUCAUUCUCAUGCUCGUCGGCCUUGCCUUUUACACCAUGCACUGUGUGUGGGCAGCAGCAGACGCGUACUCAGCGCCAUCUAUUGUGCUCUCCUCGCCCACCCAAGAUGGAGGGCAGUACAUUUUUGAUGACUUUCGUGAAGCGUAUGGGUGGCUGCGCCACAACACGGACGUUAACGACAAGGUGGCGUCCUGGUGGGAUUAUGGUUACCAGACAACAGCCAUGGCGAACCGCACAGUCAUUGUUGAUAACAACACGUGGAACAACACGCACAUCGCCACUGUGGGCAUGGCCAUGUCAUCCAGGGAGAAGGACGCGUGGGCGAUUUAUCGCUCCAUCGACGUCAAAUAUGUGUUUGUGGUGUUUGGAGGCAUGGUGGGCUAUCCCAGCGACGAUAUCAACAAGUUCCUCUGGAUGGUGCGGAUCGGAGGCGGGGUGUUUCCGCGGAUCAGGGAGCCUGACUACCUGAACAACGGCAACUACCGGGUGGAUGGAGAGGCCACCAGCACCAUGCUCAACUGCCUCAUGUACAAGCUCUCCUACUACAGGUUCGCAGAGGUGGACGGGAGGGGCUUUGACCGGGUGAGGCGCACGGAGAUAGGCAAGAAGAACAUCAAGCUCACUCACUUUGAGGAGGUGUUCACGUCGCAGCACUGGAUGGUCCGCAUUUACCGCCUCAAGGAGCCCAGAAAUCGGCCUCGCGGGACUGGCAAGAGGCUCACACGCGUCUCCGAGCUGCACGCGAAGCUGCAGGAGGUGGUUCCGCAGCAGCAGGAGCGCAUUCGGCAGAUCAAGUCGCACUACGGCAACCUGUCCAUGGGCAAGGUCACCGUCAACAUGGCGAUCGGAGGAAUGCGAGGGGUGAAGGGGUUGGUGUGGGAGACGUCACAGCUCGACCCCGAGCAGGGCAUCAAGUUCCGCGGGUACAGCAUCCCCGAGUGCCAGCACCUGCUGCCCAAGGCCGUGAUAGACGGCGAGCCCAUGCCCGAGGGGCUGCUCUGGCUGCUGCUCACCGGCGAGGUGCCCACCAGAGAGCAGGCGGCCACAGUGACGCAUGAGCUGCACGAGCGAGCCAAGAUGCCUGAGUACGUGCACACGGUGCUGAACGCCCUGCCCCGCGACAUGCACCCCAUGACGCAGCUGUCCAUCGGUGUGAUGGCUCUGCAGAAGGGCAGCCGCUUCGCACGUGCGUACCACGAGGGCAUGCCAAAGAGCAAGUACUGGCACCUGGCUUAUGAGGACGCCUUGGAUCUCAUUGCUACGCUGCCCCAGGUGGCAGCCCACAUCUACAGGCACACGUUCAAGGACGGCAAGAUCAUCCCGCCCAAUGAGAAGCUCGACUACGCCGCCAACUUCGCACACAUGCUAGGAUUUAACGACCCCCAGUUCCACGACCUCAUGCGCCUCUACCUUACCAUCCACGCGGAUCACGAGGGAGGCAACGUCAGCGCACACGCCACCCACCUGGUGGGCAGCGCCCUCUCCGACCCCUACCUCUCCUUUGCGGCUGGCCUCAACGGUCUCGCGGGUCCUCUGCACGGCCUCGCCAAUCAGGAGGUGCUGCGGUGGUUGGAAGAAGUCAAGGCGGACGUUGGGGAGGAAGCAGGCAAGGACGAGCUGAGGGACUUCGUGUGGCGCACGCUGCAGAGCGGCAAGGUGGUGCCGGGCUACGGCCAUGCUGUGCUGAGGGUCACCGAUCCCCGCUACAGCUGCCAGCGCCAGUUUGCUCUCAAGCACCUCCCUCACGACCCCACGUUCAAGCUGGUAUCCAACCUCUACGAGGUGGUGCCGCAUAUUCUCCUCGAGACCGGCAAGGUCAAGAACCCCUGGCCCAACGUGGACGCGCACAGCGGCGUGCUGCUGCAGCACUACGGGCUCACCGAGGCCAGCUACUACACCGUUCUCUUCGGUGUCUCACGAGCCAUGGGAGUGCUCUCUCAGCUUGUGUGGGACCGCGCCCUGGGCUUCCCCAUCGAACGCCCCAAGAGCAUCACACUGGACUGGAUCGAGGAGUUUGCUUCGGACAAGGCACAUAAGGAGGAGCAGCACGCGCACGAGCACAAGCACUAG